CGACCCGCAAUCCAAUCCAGAUCGGGGAACGAACCCAGAUUGAGGAUACUUUGCUCUCAGCACACGACACCGCACAAGAUGCUGAUGCCUCGCGAUCAAGACAUUCUAUCCCUCCCCUUGGACAACGAGACAUCCUCCUUCCAAACGAACCCCAUCGUCCAGAUCAUCGGCACCAAAGCCGUGGAUCCCUUUUACCUCAUCAACAUCGUCGCUUGGCCAAUACUCAUCCCCGUCAUUCCUCUGCUAUACGUCAUCCUCCUCUACGCCAACCCACCUCGUCGCAAUGGCCCUUCUACUCGCGAGUCUGGAGGUUUGAACCAGGAUGAAGAUGCUGCCGUCCAGCGUCCCGCGCCUCCCCCGGAGCCUGAGUACCUGGAGGACGAGCCAGCCCCAGAUCCAGCUAUGCUGCUCAUCAAGGUCUGGCUGAAUCUGAUGACGCGCGUCGCUAGCUUACUGGUGUGGAUCAUGAUCCUGGAAGUCGCGGGCGCGUUUCGACUCGACGAUGUGCUGUGCGAGACCAUUCCCAGGGGAAAUAUUGCCAAGGUCAUGUAUUGCGAUGGAAAGCGACUCUUGGACAGCAAGCUCACGCAUCUGGUUGCUUUGCUGGCCACGUGGAGGGUGCUUCGCUGGAUGAGAUCGCUCGCGCAGGAGGAAGAGCGAGAUAUGAAGGAUUACUUGAAGCGGUUGCGUAGGUUGGAGGAGAGGCUGGAGGCGACGGAGGUCCUUGUGAGGGAGUAUAAGAGGUUGGGAGAGGUGUUGAAACUAAUGGAGAUGGAGGUGAAGAGGAGGGAGGAGGACUCUGAACGGGUGAAAAAGGAGCAUGAGUGCUACAAGGAAGCCGUUGAGGAGUUGAAGAGGAGGGCCGAAGCCGCUGGAGUGGACAUUGGGAAUCUGAGUGUUCAUAGCUGA